CAAACAAGGUUGGGAACUGGUUUCAUCUCCACUGGCUGGAUGGAGAUGUUAAAGCGUUUUAAAAAGAAGUUGGUUCUUGUCUUCAUCACUGCACUCUUCCUCUUUUUGGUCUUCACUGUGAAAACGCCCAGCACAUACAAAUCAAUCCCAAAACCAUUUGGGCGGCCAAGUGCUUGCUCCAUGAGGAUAUCCGAGCAGAUCAUCACGCCGCUUAACAAUACCAAGCACUUACUGGUGUCAGCCUACAUGGACCAAAGAGUGAAGGAUUUUGAUAUACGCAUCAUUGGCAUAUUUAGGAGAGACUCCAUCCAACCCCUUCACUGCUUUUUCUGCUGUACUGGUUAUUUGAGUAAAACCACUCCAGCAGCAAUUUUCCAGCAUCCAGAUAACUUUGGUUUUCCCUUUGUCACUACGGAUGUCAUGUGUCAGAUUCCUCAGAACUGCAAUGCGAGACGUGUCACUCUCUUGACUACACCAGACAAAGAGAGUCCAUCUACUGAUCAAUGGCUCCCAAUAAGAAACAAAGACACUGUUGGACAGAAGGAAGAAAACAUGCAGUUUGACUUCACAGUCUGCAUCUCUAACCUCUUUGGUGACUACAACAAUGUGCUUCAGUUUGCACAGACUCUGGAGAUGUACAAGUUGCUGGGUGUGAACAGAGUGGUGAUCUAUAACACCAGCUGUGGUCCAGAGCUCAAUCGCCUGUUGCAGAGUUACAGUGACGAGGGCUUUGUGGAAAUGGUUCCUUGGCCCAUUGACAAGCAUCUGAAUCCAUCUCGUGGCUGGCUUCACUCAAAGCAUGGAGGGGAUUUGCAUUACUAUGGCCAACUGACCACACUUAAUGAGUGCAUUUACAGAUCAAUGGAGCGUUCUCGCUACGUCCUGUUGAAUGACAUUGAUGAGAUUAUAAUGCCAUACCAGCACGAUGACCUGAUGUCUUUGAUGAGCACGCUCCGAAAUCAGCAUCCAAAUGCAGGAGUGUUCCUUAUUGAGAAUCAUAUUUUCCCAAAGAAACACUUUGAGCCAAGUGGACGGUUUCACCUGCCUCAGUGGAACGGGGUGCCAGGAAUUAAUAUUCUGGAGCACAUCUACAGGGAGGACCCCGCCAGAAACAUGUACCAUCCACACAAGAUGAUAGUUCGACCAAGAAUGGUGGAGGGGACUUCAGUCCAUGAAGUGAUCAAGAAUUUUGGAGAAUGCUACAAGGUUCCACUAGAUGUUUGUCGGAUCAUUCAUGUCCGUGUGGCUCUACAGGGAUCAUUAACCCUGGAGCACCUUAAUGUGGAUAAACGACUGUGGGACUUUCAGGAAAAACUCAUUCCCAAUGUGGACAAGGUGUUGAAGAGGGUGGGGAUGCUGAACUUGACAUAGAACUAAUGGAUAAGAUGUAAAGGCACUACGAUGGACACUUAUUAAACACAGUGAAUCAGA